UCCGCCCGUUCAGUCGCGAAUCGGGCUUUCAACUGAACGGACGGUCUGUGCCCCCAGCGAGGGUCGCCACGAAACUAUCUGACGUGCGAGUUGCGAUUCCACGCGAGUGUUCCACGCGAAAUGCUACGCGUUGCGUUGUCGUUAUCCUUGCCGCUGUCAUUUGCCGGAUUUUGGCAGACCUCGCCAAAGUUGUGAGCGAGUGAAAGUUUCUAGUGCACUUGUCGCGUGGCGACUUCGGCUUACCAUUACUCUUGCAUUCGCAAUUGCGUGCUCAAUUCAAACCCCAUUGUUGUUGCUGUUGAUUACGCGACGUUAAAGUGAUUAAAGGUGAAAACAUUUGCCGCCCAGUGAAUCCUUGAACAUUUGGCAACUUGUCGCCGUAGUGUUGAACUUUUUCGUUACAUUAGCCGUUGCAGAAGAAAAUUAAGGUAAAGGAUUUCCAUGGCCAUGGCAGAACCCCACUGCCUGCCACGCCCACAUACACGCCGCCGCUUCCGCCCACAGCCGGAGUUAAACGCCCGGCAGUUGGCCAUCACGAUAAUAGCCACUGCAGCGGUUACCAUGCUGAUGACAGCCACGCCCACACUCGCCGAAAUCCCCUCAAAGGGUAAACACACGCGACUGGACACCCAGCAGACGGCACAGGAAGAAUCCGACUUUCCGCGCUUCGCGGAACCCAUUGCCAAUGUCACCGUCUCCGUGGGACGAGAUGCCCUAAUGGCCUGCGUGGUGGAGAACCUCAAGGGCUACAAGGUGGCCUGGGUGCGGGUGGACACGCAGACGAUCCUGUCCAUUCACCACAACGUGAUCUCGCAGAACAACCGCAUCAGCCUGACCUACAAUGACCAUCGCUCGUGGUACUUGCACAUCAAGGAGGUGGAGGAGACGGACCGCGGCUGGUACAUGUGCCAAGUGAAUACGGAUCCCAUGCGCUCCAGGAAGGGCUACUUGCAGGUUGUGGUUCCACCGAUGAUUGUCGAGGGCCUGACCAGCAACGAUAUGGUGGUGCGCGAGGGUCAGAACAUCUCGCUGGUCUGCAAGGCACGUGGCUAUCCGGAGCCCUACGUCAUGUGGCGACGCGAGGACGGCGAGGAGAUGCUAAUUGGCGGGGAGCACGUCAACGUGGUCGACGGUGAGCUGCUGCACAUCACCAAAGUGAGUCGCCUGCACAUGGCCGCGUAUCUGUGCGUCGCCUCCAACGGAGUCCCACCUUCGAUUAGCAAGCGGGUCCACCUUCGUGUGCAAUUUCCGCCGAUGCUAUCCAUACCCAAUCAGCUGGAGGGAGCCUAUCUGGGCCAAGAUGUCAUACUCGAGUGCCACACCGAGGCCUAUCCAGCUUCGAUUAACUACUGGACCACGGAACGCGGGGAUAUGAUCAUAUCGGACACCUCGCGAGCCGGCGAUAAAUACGAGACCACAUCAACCGUCAGCGGUUACACAAAGUACAUGAAGUUAAAAAUCCGUGCCGUUGGACCCAACGAUUUCGGCACAUAUCGCUGCGUGGCCAAGAAUUCGCUGGGCGAAACCGAUGGGAAUAUAAAACUGGACGAAAUGCCGACACCAACCACAGCCAUUAUUUCAGAAAUGUCCUUGCUGAACCGCAGCUAUGAUGGCAAGAGACGUCAUAGAAAUAAAUUUGACUCGGCUAACGCUCUGCCUGAUUAUGGGGUUGAGGAGUGGCGUGACGGAGCCCAAGGCAACCAUCCUGGAAACAAUGGCGAUAACAAUCAAACGCCCGUGCGUAAUCCGCCCGGAGCAUUCCACAAUUCUGCAGGCUCACUGGCGCAGCAUAAUCUACUUGCUAAAAUAAUGCUCGGCAUUAAAACGCAAUCAUUUGGGAUUUUCAAACGUUUAUCGAGCUCUUCGCCGCUGGCGGCGGGACAGAGCUUUCUCUGGCUGUCGACGUUAUCGCUGCUCUCAGCCCCAAGUCGGUGGCGUAUGAGUAAUGUGGAAACUCGGCCGAGCUCACCGGAGACCGUUGUCAACAGCGAUGCCGCCGCUGAAUGCUGGGAGAGCAGAAGUCAUUGUGUGGCAGACGGGAACAACAACAGUCGCAUUACCGAACGCCCACCAAUGUGGGCGCGGCAUUCGCGCAUAUUUCACAUUGCUCAUACGCCGUGUGGCGCGUCAACGCAAUACCGACGCCUAUGCGAACGCCAAUGGCAAUGGCAAAAGCUGUGGCAGUGGCAGUGGCAGUGGCAGUGGAAGUGGCAACAUCAAUGGCAGUGGCCAAUGCUCAUUUGCAUAGUAAUAUUGGCUGGAUGUUUUGUUCGGUGGCUGCCAAUGUUGCUGCAUUUUAUCGGCCGGCACAUCGGAACAUUUUCUAUUAGCGCGACGCAUAGGCAACAUUUAAUGUGCACAUUUUGGGGCAACCGUGGUAAUAAGGUUGUCGCCAAAAAUGCCACCCCCGCCAGGCCAAGUACUCUCGAAAUGCUCUGCUCCCGGAUGUUCUCAAGAUGAAAUCAAAUAAUUGCAAACGCAAAAAGAAACUCAUUUGGGGCACAAGCAGCUUGAAGAACGAAAUCAAACCUUGGCCAGACUAGGACCAGGACGAAGUGGGAUGAAAGCGCGGUCCAGACAACUGCAGUGGUUGGGAUUCAGAUAUAGAUAUGUUUAUACUAGAGCGUAAAAUGAAAAUCAAGCUAGGGACGAGCUGGCCAGAUGUGACAGCUGACGUGCAGCAGAUAAUGAUGGCUAAGUCGUACAUUCGGCAACUGAUGGGGCUUUUGAACUAAUCGGAAGUCUAUCAAAAUUAAGUGUACCUAUUCCUUUAAUGAAUGUAUGGAAAAACAAUUAUAUUUUAUUACAAAAUAUUAGAGCAUUUAAUCAUAAUUUUUAUGGUUCCAUAUGAAUAAAGUUAUAUUAUUAAAUCGGGAAAUAUUAUAUAUCUUCAUUUAAUUUGUCACAAUUCAUUUUCAAAACGAUUAGAGAUCAUUAUGGUUUUUGUUCACAACACACAGCAAAGUUAAAAUGUUUCAUUAUGUAUAAGCCAAUUAAAAGAAAAUAAAU